CAUUUGGAUUCUUCGGGGUCACAUGGUCCAAACAUAGCCCGCUUAAACACAGUGUGUGGUUUGGACAACUCCAGGCUAAAUCCUGUUUUUCCUUAGAAACUGUGGGCGUCUGUGCCAGCCUGUCUUUGGAAAGUGUGGAGCAAUGGAGGGAAGACUGGAUGAACAAAGAACUUGUGCCAGCCUCACAGCAGCCCCCCAGUGCUGACAGAGCUUUGUUUGACCCCAGGGCCUAGCACAGGUGAGCACUGUCUUAUGUCCUGGGGAGGUAGGCGCCCUGCUCACCCAGCUUGUCUUCCUGCGUGUGACUGACCAGUGAAUGCACCCAGGGCCACUCUCAGCUGUGGUCUGAGAACUCUCCUGAAGAUGGACCGUCACAACAUGUCCUGGAUCCACUACCCGAGCCAAGUGUCCCCGGCUGUGGAGGACGUCAUCGCAGCACAGAGCAUCAUUUCUAGGUGCACACAUGUGUAUGUGGCAGUGUGCGUCCCACUGAGCCUAGUGCUGGGGCUCUUCAGUCUCAACGUCUUCAUCCGGGACCGUACUAGGCUGGGGGUACUGGACAGACUCCUUGCAGGCCUCACGGCCACUAGCAUCUCAGUGACUCUACUGUCCCUCAAUGCUGCUGGCCGACCCGACUACAUAUCCACGACAAACCUGGGCUGCGGGGCACUCUCAUUCUUCUCUAAUGUCUGCUACUUCAUGGCCCAGUACCUGCAGGGAGCCACGCUUCCCCUGGCCUUUCUGCCGGGAUCUCCCUGCUGUCAGCUCUUGGCAAGGCCUGUGGCAAGCCUAGCUGCUAUCGGGGGCUGUGCUGUCUGUAGCGCCCUCAUCGUGGUGUCCCUGCUGGGUACAUUUGGCGAGUUGCACACAACCACCAUGUGCCAGGCAGAUCCGCUGACUGCAUGGCCCGAAUACGAGAUUGUCAAGUUCAGCCUGGGCUUUGCACUUGCUUUGAGCUUCCAGAUGGUUCUCUUCCUCCUAUAUGCUACACAGCCGGCCUGGCGAGUGGCUCCUGAUCAGAGGGACACAGCGUCUGGACGCUGGGUGGUACUGGCUGUGGCUCUCAACAUGUUCGCCUGCAGACUCUUCUUCAAUGUGGUCCUCCUGCAUCGGGCCCAGCUGAAGCUGUGGAAGGAUGUGGGCUCCCCUCGGGAUGAGCUGCUCAUGAACCUCGCAGAGCUGGCCCUGUCCGGGGAGAGCUGCAUCAACAUGGUGGCCAUCCUCCUCCUCCACACACCAUGCAGGCUCAGGUUGCUUGGCCUCCUUGAGCACCUCACACAGAGAUGCAGGCGGGGGCCGGACACCAGCAUGUCCUUGAACAGAGUAGGGGGCUAGCCAGGGCCUGCCUGCUGGCACAGGCCACACCCCUCGCUAGUGCUCAGGGAAGACGGCCUUCCCAGGGAGCCUGAGCAGGCUUCCUAUGUUUUGGAUGGUUAGCUUGCCUAUGUUUACCUCAACCUACGCAAAUCAAGACGGUCUCUCUUCCCACACCUUCAGUCACACUUGAGGGACGCAGUGACAUAGGUAAGGAGGCUAACCAAAAACCAUGGGUCUGCUGGAGGGUGUCCUGACGAUGAUGGCACAUGUAACCACCUUGCCUGUUGGUUGCCACCUUCUACGCAACAAUCCAGGCUGACGACACAGGAAAGGCACUGUGGAAAUAAACAUGGUUUUCACCUAA